GAAUUCGGCAUUGCCUUCUUUACCAAAUCAUGCUAGGAAAGAAGUCGAACUAUGCUAGUAAAGCAAUCGUCUCCACCUGCAGUCCCCAGUUAAUCCCAUUUCCGAUGCCAAUUUUUCUUUAUUUGUGAACCCAUCGGAAAUCUUGAAUUCAUUUAUUGGAUGCCAUAAGCAUUCAUCAUCUGUUGUCAGCGACAUUUAUUUUCUGCAUUCAAGUUAGGGUUUUUAUCUUUCCGGUGGCUAUGAAGGGUAGGGGGAAGAGAAACGCUACGAUUGUAAUAUCAUCCUCCGAAGAUGAUGAUGACGAUAAAGAUUUUUCAUUGAAAUCGGAUUUAAGUUACUCAAAACCAGCUUCAGUUCCUCCAACUAACCCCAACAAGAGGGCAAAGAAGGCUUCCCUCUCAAAAUCUGGUCCUCGGCCGCGUAAAGGGCCCUUAACUAAUGAUUUUGAUGAAAUUAGACGGUUUUGCGAGGAGUUUGAUGAUGGGAUUAAGGGAUUCAAGGUAUCUACUGGGAAUGGAAUGAGCAGGGAGUUAUGGGUUGAUAAAUACAAACCCUGUUCAUUGGAAGAGCUCGCUGUUCACAAAAAGAAGGUUGAGGAAGUAAAAGUUCUGUUUGAAGAAAGAUUGACUGCCUCCAAGGAAACCCUCUGUAAAAAUGUUCUUCUGUUCGUGGGACCAGCUGGAGUUGGGAAAUCUGCAACUGUUUAUGCAAUUGCUUCUCAUUUUGGAGCUACAAUAAGUGAAUGGAACACACCAACUCCCACAAUAUGGCAAGAGCAUUUGUACAACUCUAGUUCAGGAUUAAGGUACACUUCAAAAUUGGAAGAGUUUGAAAGUUUUGUCGAAAGGAUAAGGAAAUAUGGAUUCAUUUCUUCAACUGUGGGCCCAAGAUCUCGAGUUGUACUCUUAAUCGAUGAUCUUCCAGUGGUAAAUGGAAAAGUUUCUUAUGGAAGACUUCAUAGGUGCCUGCAUCUUCUUGUGCAAUCAGUAUGUGUUCCAACAGUCAUAUUGAUGACCGAUUAUGUCAAAGCUGACUCCACUGACAAUAGCAUGCGCUACUGGGAGGAUCUCCAUGUAUCUCUUCAGGAAGCUGGGGCUUGUAAGGUGUCUUUCAACCCUAUAACUGUUAAUUCCCUGAAGAAAACUCUUUCAAGAAUAUGCAAAGAAGAAGAAUGUGAAUUGAGUGCUGAACAAAUUGAGCUGCUAGCAAAAGCUAGUGGAGGUGACAUCAGACAUGCGAUUACAUCCUUACAGUAUUUCUGCCUGAAACCACAUCAACUACCUUCUUUAUGUUUGUCAGAUGGUUCUACCCCUUCUUUAAGAGAAAGAACAGAUGGUCUGACUGAUUUAUACAUCGAGCCUUCAUUGUCAUUUGGCAGAGAUGACACGCUUUCUCUGUUUCAUGCACUGGGGAAAUUUUUGCACAACAAAAGAGAGAGUGAACCCUCCAUGGUGUUGGAUAGAGAUACGACUAAUUUGAAGGAGAAAUUUGUAAGGUUGCCUCUGAAAAUGGAUUCUCCAGAAUCUAUCCUUCGUCAAGCACAUAGCCAAAGUCGUCCAAUUGCUGAUUUUCUACAUGAAAAUGUUCUAGAUUUUGUAAAUGACGAGGCUAUAGAUGAUGCCUGGGUUGUGGCAUCAUAUCUGAGUGAUUCAGACGUGUUGCUAGCUUCAGUCAAUGGAAGGAUGGCUAGAAACUUUGAGGCUGAGAAUGUUGUUCAGUCAGCUGCUGCUUCAGUUGCUGUGCGAGGCGUGCUGUUUGGGAAUUCCCAUCUGGCUCCCACUAGGUGGCAUGCUAUUCGCCGUCCAAAGCUUUGGCAGGUCGAGCAAUCUUUGUGGCACUAUAAGCGUCAAAUGGUAAGCCAGCAACGUGAUGCUAAUAAUGGGCUAAACUUGUAUGAUCUGUCAGUUGUUGCUACGGAGAUUAAACCUGCCCUUAAGCGGAUAGGAAAUAAAGCAUCUGAAGAUUUUGAAGCUCACGAAGCAUCCCCAGAACACAUGGCUGAUGACUUGGAUGGACUUAUUUUGGAUGAUAAAAGUGAGAUGACAAGUGAGGAUGAAAUAGAAGAUUGGUAAACUUUGUCAAGCAACCGGUGAAUCUCUCCGCCUCAACACGGCGUUCUUUUUGUAAAUUAUGUAAAUUCUAGUAUCAAGAUGUAAUAGUUUCAUUGUGAAGCCUUGUUUUGUCCGGCAAUUCAGGGGGGUCAUCAUUUUGUGCAUUCUUUAGCUCACCCAGAUUUUGGUCAUAUGUAGCUGAAAAAAUUGCUACAUGGUUUGUAAUUGUAGAGGCAACCUUCGACUACGCGGAAUUAUGCGUCCUGCUACCUAUUUUCUUCAUCCUGAAAACAGCAAUUUUUGC